UAUAACGUGUCACGUGGUGCGAAGUUUUUUCCACUGUGCGACAUCAGAAAACAUGGCUGCGCUCUUGAGAUCAUCCCGGCUACUUAAGUGUUCGCCUUUGGGCUUGCUUCAGAUCUCAGGCACCAAAAGAACCGGGCCGCCCCUCCGCCUGCUGUUCAGCGGACCUCUCGGCGCCAGAGGGACCGGAGUUUGUUCCCGACACAUCAGCCCUGUUUCGGGAAACGCGUCCAGUCGCGUGUGGCCCUAUACAGUGGGGUGUGUGCGUAACUAUGCCGUGGCCACAGAGCAGAAGGAUGAGCCCAGCAUUGCGGAGCGGCCCAAUCAGGCGCAGGAGUUUGACUUCGCUCUGGCCAGGCUGGACAGCUCAGUGAGGAGAACCGGUCGCAUCACCAAGGUCCAGCUGAACCGCAUCUUCCAAGAUAUCUGCAAGAAAGCUUAUCCCAGUGGUAACCAGGCCUUGUUGCUGCUGCGGAGCUGUGGCUCUCUGAUGCCGGAGGUUCCUCUGGAGCAGCGCACUGAGCUGGCUCACCAAGUGUGGGAGAAGCUGCAGGAGCUGGGUACAGUGUAUGAUGUGAGUCACUACAACGCCUUGCUGAAAGUGUACCUGCAGAAUGAGUUCAAGUUCACCCCCACUGACUUCCUGGCCAAGAUGGAGGCAGCGAAGGUCCAGCCCAACAGAGUUACCUACCAGAGACUCAUUGCAGCAUACUGCCAAAAUGGAGAUAUCGACGGAGCAAGCACCAUACUGGGUUACAUGAAGAGCAACGAUUUACCAAUCACUGAGGCCGUUUUCAACUCCCUGGUGACAGGCCAUGCCCAAGCAGGGGACAUCGAGAGUGCUAAGAAAAUCCUGACUGUGAUGGAGGGAGCAGGAAUUGAACCCGGUCCUGAUACUUAUGUAGCGCUGCUUAAUGCCUACGCUGGGAAGGGAGACCUGGACAAUUUGAAAAAGACGAUGGAGGCGGCAGAUAGUGCAAUGUGCAGACUGGUGGACAGAGACCUCAUGCCGGUCAUCAUCACUCUGGCCAAGGCCGGACACCAGGAGCACAUCCCACACAUGCUGGAGCGCUUUAGUCAUGAGAGAGCAUACGUUCCAGAUGCCAUGAACUUGUGCCUGAGCCUCACCACACAGGGCCUGGAGGACACAGCUUUUUACAUCCUGAAGAAUUUCCCCAGCCUGCAGAAUAACCCCAGCCUGCAAUCUAAAGACACAAUCAUCGAACCCCACCUGGGCAACUUCCUCCUCAGACACUGUGUUAACAUAGACAUGUCACCGGAAAAGAUUUGCCGCGUUUGCAAAGAGCUGCAGGAGUCUAAACUGAACACUGAGCCCGCCAUCUUCACUCUGAACGUUGCUCUGGAGACCCAAAAAACAGCUCUCUCCUUGGCGCUGAUGAAGAUGCUGAAGGAGCUGGACUUACCCAUAAGGCCUCACUUCUUUUGGCCUCUCCUUAGUCCGCAUGUGAAAGAGAGAAACCAAGCUGGAGUGGUUGAGUUGUUGAAGAGCAUGCAUGAUCUUAAGAUCGAACCUGAUAGCGAGACUCUAACCCACUACGUCUACCCCGCCUUCGCCGACGUUGAAGCAGCUCGAGAGGCCCUCAAGGAUGCAGGCAUGUCUUUGGAAUCAGAGGGCAUCUUUGCUGCACAGGUCCGCUCACUGGCUCUUACCAACCUGGCCGAACUACACGCCAUGCUGUCGGAUCCAUCUUGCCCGGUGACGGAUCUCAGUGUUUUCCGUGGCAGCCUCAUCGUCGGCUUCAAAAAGUUCUCUGAUGUGGAGAGCAUGGUGAAGAUGAUUGAGCUCUUGUCCAAAGACCCGCGCUUCUCAAGAGACGGCAAAGAGACGCAUAAUACUUCAGCCUUCUUCUUGUACCAUUUUAUCGACCACAUGUCGGAAAGGGAAGUGCAUGCAAAUAAAGACAAGCUGCGGAUAUUCUUCAAUCAACUAAAAGAUCAGAAGAUAUCUGUGACACCGAACAUCUACAGAGGCAUCAGGAGGCUGCUGGACUCCUACCAAGCCUCAGAGCUCGUCAAGGAUGUGGGUGCUCUGGUGAACUAUGGCUUGGAGUCAGAUGCUCUCCCUGGCUCGGGGCCUGAGAGCGGGGGGUAUGCUCUUGAGAAGAUCGGGAGCAGGGUGUAUGCUCUUGAGAAGAAGCUCGCCAAAAGGAAAAGCGAGAACCAACCAUUGGGCUUCAUGCUCAAACAAACCAUCCAGAGUCACGCCGCUGAGGAUAACUUGGUGCGCGCCCUGGAGCUGAAGCAGGAAUACGAGGACGAGAUGUUGCUCCCCGCAUACGCCACCCUCAUCGGCCUGUGCUGUCGCCACGACAACGUGGAGGAGGCGCUCAACCUGAAGAGGGAACUUACUCGUAAGGACUCGUCAGUGACGCUUGAUGGCAAUAAAUACAUCUCACUGGUUAAUUCUCUCGCAAAGAAAGACAGAAUAGAGGAGGCAGUGGACCUCCUGAAGGAGAUGAAAGAGAGGGAUGUGGUGUUAACUGACAAAAACAACACGCAGCUCUUCCACAUGCUCUUUUCUCUGGCGAACAAUGGCGCCGCCUCCACCGUUGAGCGCCUGCAGGACUCCAUAUUCACCCUCGGACUGGCCAAGCCCACCACCCUCCUCCUCUCACCCCUGAUGACUGCAUACAUCAAGAACGAGGACCUGUCCGGAGCUCUAGAAGCAGCCAGCCGCUGUCUGAAGCUCUACAACAAAAUGGUUCCAGUCCACGGCAUCAUGGUGGCUAUGGUGGAGAAAGGAGACGCUGACCUGCUGCAGAAAGCCAUGGAGUUUGCGAGUAACGAGCGAGGGGAGAUGGCGAUGAUGUUCGAUCUGUUCUUCGCUUUCCUGCAGACAGGCCGCUACCGCGAGGCCCGUAAGAUCAUUGAGACCCCUGGGCUGAGGGCAAGGACUACGCGCAUAAGCUGGUUUGCAGCGAAAUGUAUAAACUCCAACCAGAUUGAGCCCUUGGAGCAGAUGGUGGGCAUGACGGAGAAACUGUUUGACUGCGACAGAGACGAGAUGUACAGUUACCUCCUCAAACAUUACGAGGUAACAAACGAGUGGCAGAAAGCAGUAGCACUUUGGACGAAGAUGCAGGAGGAGAACCUCAUCCCCAGAGAUGGGACCCUGCUCCUUCUGGCCAAAAUCCUGAAGAAAAACGGCCAGGAGGUGCCCUUCGAUGUGUCCACGAUGUGGUACCAAGAAGAAGAAGCCCCAGCCGAGGUCAAAAGAGAGGCACCCACGCCCAAAAUAGAGGCACCCACGCCCAAAAUAGAGGCACCCAAGCCCAAAGUGGAAGAAGGCCCAAGCUCUAAAGACCCAAGCUUUCAAAGCCCUAUCAUUGCCCUCUGUAAGAAGAACAGAGCCCAAGAAGCCUUAAAGAUGUUUAAGGAAGCCAAGGAUUCGCCAUUUAACGCCAAAUCAUUCAAUCUACUGAUCUGCGUGCUGCUGUCCGAGGGGUCCAUUAAAGACGCCAUGGCAGUCAAAGACAUUGCUACAUCUCGUAUACCAGAGUUCCAGAUGAGUCAUGCUGCCAACGACCUGUACAUCAUCACUACCACCAUGAAAGGCCAGGCUAAUGAUGCUCUGGAGAGAAUGAAGCGGGCUGACCAUAUGCCCUCAAAGCUCGCCCUCACCAGGCUGGUUCAGGCGCUCGGCAACAGCGGCAACGUGUCGGGGAUCCAGGAAGUGGAGGAGCUGAUAAAAGACAAGGUGGUCAACCUGCCCACCAUGCCUGUUGUCACCCGCACAGCGAUUGCACACAUCAAGAGUGGUGAUGUGGAAGGUGCAACAGAGGUGUUGGAGGCCUUCUACACCAAUCCAGACUGCGAGAGCCAGCCACAGGGCAUGCCCUACGUCUUCAAUAUGGUACUGGAAGAUAACAAUGAGGAAGCGUUGGACAAAUUGAGUGCUAUGGCAGAGCGGCUAGCCAAUCAAUUCGCCCGCUACCAACCGGUGUCAGACCUCUUUCUGGAGCUGCUGGACGCCGACAAAGUGGAGGACGCCAAGUUCAUGCUGGCUCGCAAUAACGCUGUGGCAGAACAGACGGACACGCUCGUGGCCUACAUAUUUCGGAAGUCUCGCACCCCCGGACAGCUGGGCAAGAUCGAGACCCUUCUGAGCCUGAUCCCAGACUUCGCUGAGAAGGAUGUGGUGAACAAGCAUGUGAUGAGAUGUCAUAUUAACGACAAAGACUUUUCGUCGGCCAAGGCCCUGUAUGAAGAGUGGCAGAAGAGCGAAGGGGAGAUAGACACGGUGUCACUCAAACGGCUGGCCGUGAUGUACAGAAAGUUCGGAGAGACGGUGCCCUUCAACGAACCCCAGGAGUCCAUUAGGUUUUAUGAGCUGAAAGAGAAAGCCCAGAAGAAAGAGAAAGCCCAGAAGGAAGCAGAGACAUAAAGACUCCUCCUCCUCCUCUUCCUCCUCCUCCUCCAUCCAUGUGUUUUCCUCUUCUUGUCUCUUUUUUAUAUAAGUUUUCCCAGCUGAAAUGUUGAGUAUUGUGUUGAAACUGUUAGACGCUGCCCGCUAAUUUAAUGAUACUGUUGAUGAUGAUGUUCAGAAUGUAAAAGAUAGUAUUCAUGAUAAUAAAUGUCACAUUCUGAGGCUGAGA